UUGUAUUCUAUUUAAUUGAGUAAUAAGAGUUGUGAAGAUCUCAAACAAUUAUUCGAAACAAGGUAUAGUGACACUUCUCAACCGAAACAAUCUAAUACACGUGCGUCAAAAUUGACAAUCAGCUUACUAACAGAUUUAAUCAAGUUUAGUGAGAUAUACAGACUGUAUAGACAUUUCAAGACCACGAUGAUACAUACAAUAUUAUAUUGUACACUUGUAGAUAUAAAUACGUAAUUGCAUACGUGGACAAGUAAGCCUCAAUAAAAAACAAACAUGAUCAUAAGUUCAUGUCACGAAAGGCUAUUCGACAAACACAUUUCUAUUUAUUUUAUUGCAUAUUCCAUUGUACUAUAUUUGGCUUUAGCUUUUCUCUCAUUAUUCUAUGUAAUAACAAAAAAAGUGUUGAAUUGUGCUCUAAAAAAGUAAGUUAUUCAAAAAAAAAAGCAAUGAACGGCACCCGGCUCGGAAGAGGCCGUGGCGGCCGUCUAGCUGUCUAUGGAGGUUGUGGGAUUGUUGUAAUAUUACUAGUAUUUCUUUAUCGAACUGCCACCACAGAGAUGACGAGACUACGAGACCUUAAUAUUCAAUGUAGUAAUCAACAAGAGGCUUUAGCAGCACAGCUUCAAGUCAUUUUUGAGUACAAAGUGCGCUUAGAAAAAUCAUUAGCUGAAGAAAAAAAUUCAAAUGCAGCAGCGAAGCGUGAACUUCAAGAGCGUGCAAACCGAGAAAAGUCUUUGAGGGACAAAGAUAGUCUAGAAGCAUUGUCGAGGUACAAGUCUUUACAACAGCAACACAAACUUUUACAAUCAGAGAUUCAGGAUUUGCGCGAUGAAUGUGAUAAAGAGCAAAAGCGAGCUUUAGAAGAGGCUAAUAAGCUUGAAUCAACUCUACAAGAUCUUCGUAGCAAGCUUAGAAAAGAAGAAGAAAAAGAUAAAAAUUUGGAGCAUCUUAAAAAUAAAUAUAUCGAGUUAGAAAUAGAUAAAAAAAAAGUAGAUGAAAAAUAUUCUGAGUUACUUAAAAAUACUGGAAAUACUGAUAAUACUGUUGAACAUCUUCGAAAAGAAGUUUUCCAACUGCAGAGAGAACUUGAAGAAUCCAAACUAUCUUGUAAAGGAAAAGACAUAAGUGUAAACUUUGCUGAUUUGAAAUCCAAAGAACCUGCAGCUGAACUAAGUCUGAAAAAACCAAGUGGAAAUAGCAUCCCAGCAGUGUCAUCAUCUCAACAACCACAACAGAAUAAUUCUCUAUCUACUGUAGCAAAAAUGAGCAUUGGGAAUUCAACAAAAUCUAGUAUGAAUUCAUCAUCAACUACUUCUGAUAAAUUGCCUAACGUAGUUGUUCCCAUGAAAUCAGUUUCACGAGGAAAAUUGCCUGAAGGAGUACCACCCAUUCCAAAGCUAGUUGAUCCAAAAUUAGACAAAGAAGAAUUAAAGAUAACGAAUCCUGAUCGAAUAUCCCCAGUGGAUGAUGGUAAAAAUAAACAAGGGAAAAAUAUUGAGAAGCAGAAAGUAUUUGGCAAUAUCGGACAUGAGGGUAUAAAGCACGUGGCUGAUCAGAUCCUUGGAGGACAAGAGAAUCCUCUUUCUUACAGAGUUAAGCCGGGUGUUCAAGAGAUCGGGGACGAACCCAAUAACUUAAAAAAACAAGUGGAGUUCGAAGAAGCAAUAAACGCUGGCAAUGCAGAUCAAUAUGAUUAUUAUAACAAAGAUAUUCCUCAAAAGAAUAGCGAAAUUAAUUUAGAUGAAGGAGAAGAAGGUGAAGAAGAAGGAGAUGAAGGAGACGAUCCACUUGAAUAUCAAAACAACGGCGUUGAUAAAAAUGAGUGAAAAUUAUUUGAUUAAUUAAUGGACUUGUUGUAAAAGUGUAAAAGGCUAACAUUCCUAUGGAUCGAAGCUCAAGCCAGAUUCACUUGUACAUACAUAUUAUUUUACCAAGUCUUCUUACAAUCGAGAUAUGCUCUCAUUUUAUAGUGAUAAUGACUUAACAUUAGUGAAAAUUAUGAUUAAAAAAAAAUGUAAUAAUCAGAGAGAUAAUUAUAUAGACAGUAUUUUUUAUAUAGCUCUAAAAUGACUGAUAAACAGAUAAAUGAAAAUUUGAUUGAUCAAAUAUUUCAACUGGUUGCAAUUCGACUGUUACGAGCACUUGCCUAUAAGACUUUAUCACGUUGAUUGAGUCCUUGAAAAAACACAUUAGAUUGUCAAGAAUAUUUAUCUAUAACAUAGCCGUUGGCUCAAUCGUUACAAUUCGCAAUCGUUGAAUAUAAUAUGCAUACAACACUCACGUACAUAUGUACUUAUUCAUUGUCAACGAUUUGCAAACAAGAUCAAGAAUAACUGACUAAAAAAUAAGAAACAUUAUUAUUAUGA